CUGCUGCUGGUGAGCCAUGGUGCCCCCACCUGGUUCCUUCACUCUCCCUCGCAUCCCUGCCUGAACUUCUGAAAAUGGCUUUUCAGCAGCCUCACGUGCCCCUCGCCCGGCCUGGCAAACUACCCAUACCACGCCUCGACAGACCACGAGAGCCCCCCAAGAAGCCCGCCGCGCCCCGCCAAGCCCGCGUCUCCAGAGCAUGCUUGAGCUGUCGCGCCCGCAAGAUCAAGUGCAACGGCGCCCAGCCAAAGUGCCAGAACUGCGCCGACAACCAAGGCGACUGUGUUUAUGCCGCCAGCCGCAAAGACCGCCUCAAGACGUCCGUCAACUCGCUGUCCUGCUCCCCUCUGAUUCACUGAUGUUUGAAGCGCCACCGAGCACAACCAGGACCUGCUCCACUUGCUCCAGGAACUGCGCCCGGGCGCUUCGCCCCGCGAGAAGCAGAAGAUCGACGACAUCCUGGCCGCUGUACGUAGCGAGCUGCCACUGGACGGGAGAGAAGCAACAAUGCUAACACGACCAAAGGCCGCCGAAGAUGUGGCUGAAGCCGCCCUGACCCUGCAGAAAAGCCCGGAC